CAGCUGGGGAAUGGCCAAUCAGUCGUACGAACGUUGCCAUACGGAGUUCAGCCAUGGACGAUAUCGAAAUUAUCGAAGAAAUUCCUCAACCGGAUGAUCCGACUCCAGCUGUCGAUAUCAAUGCCAAUGAAGCGGCAAAAUACGACUCCCCGGUUCGGGAAUUCUACCAGGGAUCGACAGUUUUCCUAACCGGUGGAUUGGGAUUCCUGGGAAAGUUAUACAUCGAGAAAUUGAUACAAUGUGGUGUUGCGGAAAUUUUACUCCUUUCUCGUGGCAAGAAAGGAAAAACUCCAAUCGAGCGGCUGACAGCUAUUCUGGAAAAAGAGCCCGUUUUCACUAGUUAUCACAAAGAUCCGGAAUUCUACCUUCAGAAAAUCAAAAUCAUCGAUGGAGACGUUAGCAAACAUCAGUUGGGCAUCAGCAACGAUGAUCUGUCCUAUAUCCAUAGCAAUGCAAACGUAUUCAUCCACGCGGCUGCCGAUGUUCGGUUUGACGAAUCUCUCAAGGAAGCAGUUGAAACUAAUGUGAGGGGAACGCACGAAAUCCUCAAAAUAGCAGAACAUACCAAAAACAUCAAGUCAUUUGUGUACGUUUCAACGGCUUUUUCCCAGUGCAAUCGGGAGAGAAUUGAAGAAAAGUUUUACCCACCGGUCGUGGAUCCGUUUCUGUUGAUCAAAAUGGUGGAGCAGAAGGAGCUAGAUGUGAAUUUUGAAAUCGUCGGAAAAAAGCUCAUCGAACCGUGGCCCAAUACCUAUGCCUUUACCAAAUCUCUGGCUGAGAAUUUGGUUUACCAAUACUCGGAUCGCAUUCCCGUCGGAAUGAUUCGACCAUCAAUUGUGACUUCAACGCACGCAGACCCCAUUCCCGGCUGGACCGACAACGUCUACGGCUUCAAUGGAGUCGUAAUUGGGGUGGCCACUGGGGCUCUCCGAAUUUUCCACAUCUAUGACAACUAUCGAGCGGAAAUUAUUCCGGUGGAUGUGGUCGUCAACGCUACUCUUGCACUCGGAUACCGUGCCUCCCAAAAUCCUCAGGAAGCACAAAUCGUAAACUGCACCAAUACGGAUAAUCCCAUUUCCUGGGGCCUGGUUCGACAUGAGCAAUUGAAGUGGAAAACAAAGAUUCCAUUUUUAGGUGCCCUCUGGGUUCCAACCUAUAACACCACCAAAUUUUAUGCGAAGUCCGAGUUCCUGAAGAUAUUCUAUCACGUGCUUCCGGCAAUUUUCUUCGACCUCGCUCUAAGAAUAAAAGGAGAAAAACCUAAGGUUCUCGGUUUAUAUCGGAAGGUUCACAAGUUUUCCGAUGUCAUCAGAUUUUUCACGACUAACCAGUGGGAUUUUGCUGAUGAAAAUUUUAAGAAGAUUAGAGAAUCUCUCACCGAGGAUGAUCGGAAGUUGUUUCCGUGCGAGACGAAAACACUUGAAUGGACAAACUUUCUUGCUCAGCACAUAAUGGGUCUAAGGAUGUACAUUAUGAAGGAAAAAUGGGAUAACCUGGAAAAGGCCAAGAGCAAAUACUGGAAGCAACAGCUUGUGCAUUAUGUGUUAGUGGCAGUUUUGUACUCACUGAUAGGAUAUUCAUUGUUAAAACUGGUUGAUGCUUAUGCACGCCGCUUUAUUGAGGUCUAAACUUUUCUUUUGUUAAUAAUUUAUUUUUAUAGAAGUUUAAAUAAAAUCGUUCAAAGUUUGAAUUAGA